AUGGUGCAAUUUCGGUCGCCAGUUAUGAAUGGCUCAGCGACAAAGCUCAACCGUUACGGAGGCCGUCACAAUGUGACAGUACUUCCUGGUGACGGCAUUGGACCAGAAAUGCUGGAACAUGUUGAGACAAUCUUCAAAUUUGCACAGGUGCCUGUUGAUUUCGAGUCUGUGCAGUUAUCGUCUAAGCCUGACUCUGAGAAUGAUCUCGAACAAGCUAUCAUGGCCAUCAAGAGAAAUGGAGUUGCUCUGAAAGUUUUUGGGGAAAUCCAAGUGUGUCUUUCUAACCUAGUUUGCAUCAUAUUCAAUCUUCACACCAUUCUUAUCUUCAGCACUCCAGAACUUCAGGUUUCUCGACCGCAACAGUUCGACAUCAUGUUGAUGCCGAAUUUAUACGGUAACAUCAUAUCCAAUAUAGCAUGCGGUCUUGUUGGAGGGCCUGGACUAGUCUCGGGGAUGAAUAUUGGUGAUGAAUAUGCCGUCUUCGAAACUGGAACGAGAAACACCGGCACCACGCUUGCUGGCAAGAAUCUGGCCAACCCUACCGCAUUCAUUAGAGCAUCCGCAGACAUGCUAAGAGCAUCCAAGUUGUUUGAAGUUUCGCAUGAAUUCAAUUUUUUGCUCGCCUUUUUAUGCUUUUCAUGUCUCGCUUUCGACGCUUUUAACCAUUCAAGAGUUCAGGGAACGAGAAACACCGGCACCACGCUUACUGGCAAGGAUCUGGCCAACCCUACCGCAUUCAUUAGAGCAUCCGCAGACAUGCUGAGGUGGACAUGA